AUGAACAACAGCUCUGAACCCAACCCAGCCACCACAGGGACCGACACAGUGCCCGGCUUACCUCCCUCCUUCGUGUAUCCGGUAGCGACGUGUCUCAUCUUAAUUGUCGUUGUAGCAGUCCUUGGAAACCUAAUAGUUUGUUACGCAAUAAUCGCUAACAAAAGUUUCCGAAGCAGCCCAACAAAUUUGUUCAUUUUAUCGUUGGCGUUCUCUGAUCUUUUUACUGCAACAUUAGCAGUACCAUUUGACAUAGAGGGCCUUUUCCUUAACCGGGCUUGGAAGCAUGGAGAAAUAAUGUGCCAGGCGUGGAUUACCGUUUACCUUAUCACUGUACCCACGUCCAUUUUGACCCUUUUGGCCGUGAGCGUGGAUCGUUACAAGAGCCUUAAGGAUCCCUUGAAUCGAUUUCGCCGCUUCCGAUUUAUGACACGAAAGAGAGCUUUAAUUGUUAUUUCUGUCAUCUGGCUUUACAGCUUGGUUUUUGCUUUAAUUCCCGUCAUGGGCUGGAGAGCAUUUGACGAGUUUGUUUAUGAGGGAAUCUGUUACUUUGCUCUCACUUACAUUUAUUCCACUCUCAGCUCUUGUCUAAAUUUCAUUAUUCCACUACUGGUAACGUGCGGUAUCUACGUUAAGAUUUACCUCAUAGCAAGGUCUCAAAGCAGCAUUUUUGGUAAAGAGAUCUCACGACAAAUGCGUACGACGGAAGCCUGUUCACGACAAACACGUUCUACUGAAGAAAAGAAAAUCUAUUUAAGGAACAUUCGAGCGGUCAAGACUAUCUCCAUCUUUGUAGCCGUGUUUUUCUUUUGCUGGGUUCCUCACUCUUUCGUCAGCAUCACUGCCAAUCUCUGUCAAUCAUGCCGAGCUAAAAUCCCAAAUGAAGUUCGUGUUCUAGUUUUGAUGUUUGGAUACCUUAAUUCUGCCCUCAACCCAUUUCUUUUCGCUUUUCGAAACAAAAAGUUCAAGGCCGCCUAUUCAGCAUUGCUGCGCACGAUGAAAGCUAGGUCUCUAUUUACAAGCAGUUCUACUUUAACAGCUGGUGCUUGUUAUUCUGAACUUCCAGAUCUACAAGAUAGCGGGGUUCGCCUACAGUUGGCUAAAACGAAACGAGAAAGCUGAGAAGACAAAAGACAGUCUGCUCUAUGAGCUUCUGAUUCCAUAAUUCUUUAAAAAGUUAGCAUCGGAAACAGAAUCAUGACAAACAAAAUUUUAAUUUUUUUGAGGUCAAUGCUUGGUUGUGUUUGGGGUGGGUCUGAAUGGGUUUAUUGUUUAUUGUUUAUUGUUUAUGCCGACUAAAAAAAUAGUAUUAAAACCUCCUGAGCAAGCUACCUUAUUUAAUAUUCACUUUCAUUCAGUUUUUGUAAACAGAGUACUGGGGUACCAGCUCCAAUACAAACUGACUUAAAAGAUCCAAGUUUUGAGGUAGUUACCAACCAUGUGGCAUGUGACACUAAGGAAGUUCAAAAGCUACUUAGCUGUCUUAAUGCUAUAAGUCUUGUGCAGUUGAUAAAAUACCUGCUCGUUUACUUAAAGAGACUGCUGACACAUCUGCAGUUCCUCUGA